GUCACCCACUGACAGCUCAUGCGUGAAUCCGCACCACGCGCAGGUCGGUGCGGAUCUAUGAUGCUGAUGAGACUGAGCUCCGCAUGGUCAACAUCAGCGACCACACUCAAGCACAUCUCACAGGCCAAGCUCUUCACCAGAUCCCUUCGAAAAGACAACCAUCAUACUUUAACCAAGAACCCGUGCACUCGACUACCACACGACUACUGGUUUGGCCAAAAGUCAGUACCUGUCAGUACCAGAUUGUCCUGGGACAGCUUCAGGUUUUCUGGAGUGGUUUUCUUUAGCAUGGCAUCAGGAAGUGACAGUCCAGACAGACUAAAGACCCCAAAGUAUACCAACCGCCUGAGUCAAGAGAAAUCCUCCUAUCUUUUACAACAUGCACACAACCCUGUGGACUGGUAUCCAUGGGGCCAAGAAGCCUUUGAUAAAGCAAAAUGUGAAGACAAACCCAUUUUUCUUUCAGUGGGUUAUUCCACCUGUCACUGGUGUCAUGUAAUGGAGAGGGAAUCGUUUGAAGAUGAAGAGAUUGGAAAAAUACUCAGCGACAACUUUGUAUGUAUAAAGGUGGACAGAGAAGAGAGACCUGACGUGGACAAAGUUUAUAUGACAUUUGUGCAGGCAACCAGUGGUGGUGGAGGCUGGCCAAUGAGUGUUUGGCUCACACCAGAUCUCAAACCAUUCAUAGGUGGCACAUACUUCCCACCCAGAGACAGUGGAAGAAGACCUGGACUGAAAACUGUGCUUUUACGGAUAAUAGAACAAUGGCAGACUAAUCGGGAAACCCUUGAGUCCAGUGGAGAGAGAGUACUAGAAGCCCUCAGGAAGGGGACGGCAAUAUCUGCCAGCCCUGGAGAAACUCUUCCACCCGGUCCAGAUGUUGCCAACAGAUGUUACCAACAGCUGGCACACUCUUAUGAGGAAGAAUAUGGGGGUUUUCGAGAGGCUCCGAAAUUCCCUUCACCAGUGAACCUGAAGUUCCUGAUGUCAUUUUGGGCAGUAAACCGUUCUAGUUCUGAGGGAGCAGAAGCGCUGCAAAUGGCUCUUCACACUCUCCGAAUGAUGGCACUAGGGGGCAUUCAUGACCAUGUGGCACAGGGCUUUCACAGAUACUCCACAGACUCCUCCUGGCAUGUUCCUCACUUUGAAAAGAUGUUAUAUGAUCAAGGCCAACUUGCUGUAGCAUAUAUCACUGCUUACCAGGUGUCUGGGGAACAACUAUUUGCAGAUGUGGCUCGUGACGUGUUGCUUUAUGUCUCCAGAGACCUAAGCGAUAAGUCUGGCGGCUUCUAUAGCGCUGAGGAUGCAGAUUCCUUUCCCACAGUGGAGUCCACAGAGAAGAGAGAGGGAGCGUUUUGUGUGUGGACAGCAGGAGAGAUCAGAGAGCUGCUUCCUGAUAUCGUGGAAGGCGCCACAGGAGGUGCAACACAGGCGGAUAUCUUCAUGCAUCAUUAUGGUGUGAAAGAGCAAGGCAACGUGGAUCCCGCUCAGGACCCCCACGGAGAACUGCAGGGUCAAAAUGUGCUGAUUGUGCGUUACUCAGUGGAGCUCACCGCUGCUCACUUUGGCAUCAGCGUGAACAGGCUGUCCGAGCUGCUGUCCGAAGCCAGAGCCAAGCUGGCCGAGGUGCGGAGAGCUCGCCCACCUCCUCACCUAGACACCAAAAUGCUAGCUUCCUGGAACGGCCUGAUGUUGUCUGGGUUUGCUCGUGUCGGAGCUGUUUUGGGCGACAAAGCUCUGCUGGAAAGAGCUGAGCGAGCAGCUUGUUUUCUCCGAGAUCACCUGUGGGACGAAGACGGACAGAGGAUUCUCCAUUCCUGUUACCGUGGAAAUAACAUGGAGGUGGAGCAAAUUGCAUCUCCCAUCGCAGGCUUCCUGGACGACUAUGCCUUUGUGGUGUGUGGGCUGCUGGACCUGUUUGAGGCCACGCAGAAGUUUCGCUGGCUUCAGUGGGCCGAAGAACUCCAGCUGAGGCAGGAUCAGCUCUUCUGGGAUUCCCAGGGCAGCGGAUAUUUCUGCAGCGACCCCUCGGAUCCGACGCUCCUGCUGGCUCUCAAACAGGAUCAGGACGGGGCUGAGCCCAGUGCAAACUCAGUGUCAGCCAUGAAUCUGCUCCGACUUUCACACUUCACAGGCCGGCAGGACUGGAUCCAGCGCUCAGAGCAGUUACUGACCGCCUUUUCUGAUCGACUGCUUAAGGUGCCAAUCGCCCUGCCAGACAUGGUCCGCGGUGUCAUGGCCCACCAUUACACUCUUAAACAGAUUGUUAUCUGUGGCCUGCCUGAUGCAGAGGACACAGCAAGUUUGAUUUCGUGUGUCAACUCGCUGUUUCUGCCCCAUAAAGUCCUGAUGUUGGCAGAUGGCAGCACAGAGGGUUUCCUUUACGAUAAGCUUCCCAUUCUCUCCACCCUGGUUCCUCAGGAUGGCAAAGCAACCGCGUAUGUGUGCGAAAACUUUGUCUGUGCCCUUCCAGUCACCUGCCCGCAGGAACUGAGGAGAGUACUCAUGGAGUGAGCUCUGCUGUCACACCACACAAACAUCCCACCACUACAUAUCUCACAUUAUUACACCAGUAGCCAACCGCAGUGGUCACCGAAUAAAAAAUGCACUGUAAGAAGUUAUACAGUGGCAAGGCAAACCUUUAGUGGUUGCUCUAGUUGUGAUGCUGGGCCUCGGUCCUACUUAAAACACAAGAUUGUAGUCUGGGGAGAGGAGAGUACAAUGACAUCUUUAUGUGAGGAGGAACGCUGAGACUAAAGCUUUUAUAGGUUUGUCUCAUGGGCUCUUGAUCUAUGAUGACAAUCAAGCAUGCUUCUUUACUACCUAUCUAUGCAGUGCAGCUGAUGAGCCCUGGAAAUGCAACUAUCUACUAGAUUUAGCGGAAUGAGACAUACAAUGUAUGUACUGUGCACUACAGUUCAGACUCAGUGGAAUGUAAUAAAUGCUCAUGGAGUAAA